AUGUUUAUAAUAAAGAUAUGCACAAACUUGCAAACGGGCACACCUUGCCAGGAGUGCCCGGGCGAGGGCCUUCAUGCGCUAGCGCCGCCGUACCAAACGCCGCCGCCGCAGCAGAACAUGCAGCUGUACCAAACGCCGUACGCGGGUUCCCUGCCGCAUCCGCCACCGAUACCACCGCAUCCGCCGAUGCAGCCUCCGCAGCUGCAGCAGGCGCAGCAGCAACAGCAGCAACAGCAGUUCAUACCACAUCCCAGCCAGCUGGUCCCAAGGCUGCCGUACCAGCCACCACUGCACCAACCCCAGCAUCACCAGCACCCAGCGCAAUACCAGUACCACCGCCAACCCAUGCAACACCAUAACCAUCAGCUGCAGCAGAACCCCCAGGACCUCGCCACUCGAGCAGCUCACCCUGGAGUUCGGGGACCUGCUGGGCAAAGCUUGCGAGCUUUGAAGGCAGGGGAUGACGAGUCUCUGCAACACACAGCAGUCCUGCACUCCAACACACGACAAAGGGCCCUGCACACGAUGUUCCGAUCCAAUCUGGAACACAGCUGGUCCAUUCCAGAUGUCUUUAUACGAGGGGGAUGUUUCCGUUCGCCCGUCGGCCACGCAACCGCCUUAGUGUGUGUUACAUGGUUGGGGGCACUUGUGGAGAUGGAGGACAAGGACGGCAUUCGACCGCUGGAGUCGGGCAACGGCGCAUCGCUGCCGUCGCCGCCGCCGCCAACUGGGCACUGGGACCUCGCCGCCAAUGGUGGUGGCCACGAUGGCGGCGGCGAAGGAUCCCGUACGCAACUGCCGCCGUCGCCGUCGCCGAUGCGGUUACGCUUACCUCUACGGGUGGCUUACGAGGAACUUUGUGUCGCUGAUCCUUUGCUGCGGGCACGACUGCUUGGCGACCUGGCCGUACGCUGGUUGGAGAAGAACGCCUGGCGCAGCCCGCUGGAGGCGUUGCUUGGCAGGGGUGUACGGCAGCGGAGCAUGGACCGCAUAGGGCCUUUUGAGUGUCUGGACGAGCAGCAGCAGGCCAAUUGGGACAGAAACCGUCGUACAUUGUACAGCCACGUUGUGGUUGUAGCGCGAGCCGCCAUGGAGACGACGGCUGCAGUAGCAGCAGCGGCGGCGCCGAUGGUGCCGAAGGUUGAGCACAACGACCAUAAGUACACGCGCGGCAGCGGCGGUAGUGAUGGUGCUGGUGCUGGUGAUGGUGAUGGCAGUAGCGGCACAGCGGCUGCCACAUCGAUUGCCACGUCUUUUGGCCGCGCCAGUGGGGAUGGUAACCCUGCUGUGCCUGCUCCGGAACCACGGCCGUCACUCUCGUCCAUACGGCGCUUCCUGCAAGUGACGGACUACCUGGCGGAGGGGCUGGCCGCGCACCUCCUGGCUCCGCCCUCACCACCGCCCAUGACUCUGACGGCGUCGCCAACGCCCACCCUCGCCACUUCCCCGCUCCUGCCGGUAGCCGUGCGGCCGCCACCCGGGGCUGGCCCCGCGGCUGAUCCAUUGGCACCUCGCGGUGCUGAGGCGGUGCUGGCCGCCGCCAACUGUGCAGACGGCGAGGGCGGCCAUGGCUCCGGCGCGCCGUCAGCUCACUCCUCAGCUCAGUCCCAAGCGCCCUGCUCGAGUUUCAUCAAUCUCACCGCCAUGCGAGCGAACAGGUUGGCUGUAGCAGUGGAUUGGGUCCCCUCACAGGCGGGCUUAGCGCAGGUACCCGCCGGCCGCACCGCCACGGCUGGCGCCACCAACGGCGACGGCAAUCAACUCAACUUGGCCAUGCCCGGCGCCACCGCCGGCCAUGCUGCCGGUUGCCAGGCUCGCAGCCCGCCUGCCGCGGCCGCCAAUAUAAACGCUGCGGAUGGCCCCGCGGCCGUGCCGCUCAAACGGCCCCCACCACCGUCGUACGACGGCGACGUAAUCAGACAGGAUCAUGACGUGCCAUACGCGGGAGAGCUAAGCCGCGGCGUGUCCGGCAGAGGCGGCAAGAGGAGAGGCCGUCGCAGGAUCAGCACAGCGGACGUGGCGACGGCGGCGGCGGCAGCGGCUGCUGCGGUGCCACAGGGCCCGAUUCCGACGCCGCAGCUGUCGCCGCCGCCACAGCCGCCACCGCAUGGAAGCAUGGCACCAAGGGAGGUGCCAGGGUGCAAGCGCGAGGGAGGGGAGGAGGAGGUGGAGUACUUCGUGCCCUGGGCUAAGAAGCAUGUUUUGUGUGAUGUCCUUCCGGCUUUAGCUACGAUGUCCGGCGCGACAUAA